AUGGCUUCUCAAGUUGUCGUCACCCCCAUCGCAGCUCCCGCCGGUGGGAGAAUACCCGUGAAAUCGGUAACCUCCUAUGAUGCCGACUUUGACGUCAUCCGUGACGCCCUGUUCACCCAUCAGGUUCUCGUCUUCAAGAACCAGAGCCACCUCUCUCCCAAGGCUCAGUAUGAGAUCACUCAGAGAUUCGAUCCUGAAGCUACGGGUUCUUAUGGUCACGGCAAGACUCUGGACGCCAAGCGAUCCAUUCUUCACCCAGAUCUCAAGACUGUCCCGCAUCAGCCUCAGGUCCAGGUCAUUGGGAAUGGCUUUGUCGAGGACUACGAGGGUCUGAAGAAUAUUCAGCUGCGACAUCCCCAUCACAAGACCUUUCACGCGACCGUCAUCCCGCCUGAGAAGGACCUUGACUUUACCCGCUUCUACAGGUGGCACAUUGACGCCGCCUUGUACGGACUCGCCCCUCCUGUGGUGACGUCUCUCCUGGCCGUCCGUGUUCCUGGUGGACGUAAGCAGACCCUGGUGUAUGACGACGGCUCCGAUGAGGAGCUGACUGUUCCUCUCGGUACCACUGCCUUUGUGUCGGGUUACGCCAUGUACGACAGACUCUCGCCCGAAGAUCAAGAGUUUGUCCGCACCACCAAGGUCGAGUACGCCCCUCAUCCAUACGUCUGGAUGAGCAGUGCCAAGUCACGCUCCGACGGUCUGGGUAUGGUCUCGGAAGGAAAGGAAGUCCCCAUCGAGGAUCUGCCACCUGUUGAAGAGGAAAAGAUCCAGAUCCUCCCCAUGUGCUGGCGCAACCCCGUGACAGGGCAGCUCGCACUUCAGAUCCACCCCUCAGCCGUCCGCAAGCUUCACCUCGCCGAUGGCACAGUCAUCGAUGACCUCAGCGAGGUUCGCGAGCGUGUGCAUCAGCUCCAGCGACCGGGCAUCGCUCCCAAGCUGGUGUAUCCUCAUGACUGGGAGCAGGGAGACUUUGUGCUCUUCCACAACCGAGGAUUGAUUCACUCGGUUGUCGGAGCGUUUGCAGAGGAUGAGGUUCGUCUGUUCCGGCAAUGCAACAUUGCAGGAAGUGAGCUUCCUCAAGGACCAGUGCCAGUUUCGGCUGCUGCGUGA